AAUCUCUGUUCUGUUUUACAAGCUUUGAAUACAUCUCCCUCUCUCUCUCUUCAAUACUUUCAUGUAUAACGGUGCUCUCUCUCUCUCCUUCCUUCUUUUUGUUUUUUUAGAUCUGUGUCCUACAAAAUCUAAAGAUAGAUCGCAAAUCAAUCUCGCAUUUUGAUCUGCAAACUCCUGCUUCUUCUCUCCUUAUAUCUGUAUAUAUAUACAUUCAUACAUACAUACAAACAUAUAUAAAAUUGAUUGAAGGCGAAUGGGGGCGUACAGAGCAGACGACGAUUACGAUUACUUGUUCAAAGUGGUUCUAAUCGGCGAUUCUGGAGUCGGAAAAUCAAACCUGCUCUCUAGAUUCACGAGGAAUGAGUUCAGUCUGGAGUCCAAGUCCACAAUCGGCGUCGAAUUCGCCACUCGAAGCAUUCACGUCGACGACAAGGUCGUCAAGGCCCAGAUUUGGGACACCGCUGGCCAAGAAAGAUACCGUGCAAUCACAAGUGCAUACUAUCGAGGAGCUGUUGGUGCAUUGCUUGUUUAUGAUGUCACUCGACAUGUCACGUUUGAAAAUGUAGAGAGAUGGUUGAAGGAGCUUCGGGAUCACACAGACUCCAACAUUGUCAUUAUGCUUGUGGGAAACAAGGCAGAUUUGCGUCAUUUGAGGGCUGUUUCCACCGAGGAUGCCAAGGCAUUUGCUGAAAGAGAGAACACGUUUUUCAUGGAGACCUCUGCUCUGGAGUCUAUGAAUGUGGAAAAUGCCUUCACAGAAGUACUCACUCAAAUAUAUCAUGUUGUCAGCAGGACGGCUCUGGACAUUGGGGAUGACCCGGCAGCUUUGCCCAAGGGACAAACCAUUAAUGUUGGUGGCAAGGAUGACGUAUCGGCUGUCAAGAAAGUUGGAUGCUGCUCAGCAUAGUCCAAAAGAAUAGAACAAUACAGUCUGCUAUGUUUUUUUGUCAUCUUCCCCAAAGAAGAUCCAAUUUCUAUACGAUUGUGGAACAUGUUUGAAUAUGUCAAUUUUACUAGCAUACAAUGUUGAGACUCCCAAAACUUUCAUUUUUAUGGCGUAUAUCUUGACGCUACAUUGAACUUUUAGCUUAACCAAAGCCCAUAGGGUCAGGAUUCUAGUAUUUUCUUUGCAUUCUUUGGCUUCCUCUUAUUUCAAUCUUUUUUCUUGUUCUUCCUUUGUGUAUUAUUCAGUUCUUAGCUACGCUGUAGGUUAGUUUAUCUUUGAUUGCUUAGGGUUGGGAUUUGGAAAUGUAUUAAGAUAAUGUGACUUUUGGUGUACUUGAUUGAUUGAUCAAUUAAUUGUUUUUUCUGGGCCAUGAAAA